UUCCAGUCCAAUCAAGUCUGGCAUCAAGGCAAUUUUACAUUAUUUUGCUUAUGUUCCACUGAGUAGUGGUUUCCAUUACACUGGUCAAAUUUCAGAACCUUGCAUCAUGUUUUAUCCUGCUUUCAAACUGGGAGGCAACACAGAUCACCAAAAGGUGGACAGACACAGAAUUGACAUUCAUCCUUUGCCUUAUUCUUGAUUACAAUGCCAAAUGGAGGUGAGGCAUUUCCUGGAGAAGGAAAAGAUAAAGGGGAAAUGGAGGAUGAGUCCUGUAUACUCCUUAGCAUCUAGAUGCAUUAAUGAAACCCUGAGACCAAGUCGCCCAGCCUUACGUCUUCUGCAUAAAUGUCGCAGAAAAUGGUGAGCAAGAGGAGGGGGAAAGCAAGCUUUAGUCAAUUUGUUGCCUCAUGCAGGCCAUGUUUGAUUGAUAAACAUAGUACAUAACACACAGCAUUAAUCAAAUAACAUGCAAAUCACCUCUCAUUAAUGAAUAAUAAAAACAAAAAUACUGCAGGUGCUGGAGAUCUAAAAUAACAGAAAGUGCUGGGAAAAACUCAGUAGCUCCAGCAGCAUCGGUGGAGAGAGAAACAGAGUUAAUGCUGCGAGUCCAAUACGGCUCUUCUUCGGACUUCAUUAAUAAAUGCUUGAAAUGUAUCUUUAAAUUUUGCUGCAAAUCACACAGUAACUUGGUACCAAUGUAUCUAAUGCACCGGCCCCAAAAUUCGGCUCCUUAGCAGGUGCAGUUUCAGCGCUCUGGGUGCCAGUUUGGUACCAGAAUGAAGCCAGCACUGCAUGUGCACACCUCCAGCAUGCCUCAUGAUGGACACCAUUUUGGUUAGGGCGAUAGCGUGGUUCUUCGGAUUGUGCAGUUGAAGCAGAACAGGCAGACCAUGACGUCAGUGAACAAAGUGCAUAAGUAUGGCUGGAAAAUCGGAAGGUGUGCAGAAGUGGGCUCUCGUGAAGGAAAAAGUUACCCCUCUCGAUACAGACAAUACAGAGGCCAACCUGGAAAAUGCUGAACCUGAACUCUGCAUCCGGCUUCUGCAAGUCCCAACCGUUGUCAAUUACUCAGGCCUAAAGAAGCGACUGGAAAACAGCAAUAAUGGCUGGAUGGUACAGUUUCUGGAGCUCGAUGGACUUGAUUUACUGCUAGAGGCCCUAGACAGGCUCUCUGGAAGAGGUGUAGCAAGGAUCUCUGAUGCCCUCCUGCAGCUCACCUGUGUUAAAUGUGUACGAGCUGUGAUGAACUCUUCAAGUGGCAUUGACUACAUUGUGAAUAAUGAAGGCUACAUUCGGAAACUAUCCCAAGCUUUGGACACAGGCAAUAUCACGGUAAAGAAACAACUAUUUGAACUGUUAGCUGCACUAUUUAUCUACUCGCUGGAAGGUCACGAUCUGGCUUUGGAUGCGCUGGAACACUACAAGACUGUGAAAAGACAGCAGUAUCGAUUUAGCGUGAUCAUGAAUGAACUCCAGACCACAGAUAAUAUUCCAUAUAUGGCAACACUGAUGGGUGUCAUCAAUGCCAUCAUCCUGGGUGCUGAGGAACUGACAUUCCGUGCACAGCUUCGGAAUGAAUUCAUAGGUCUCCACCUGUUGGAUUUACUGCCAUUAUUAAGGGAAAAAGAUGAUGAGGAUCUAUUGGUCCAGUGCAUCACCUUUGAAGACGCCAAAGGAGAUGACGAUGAAGAAUUAAUGAGAAUCUACGAUGGCAUUGACAUGAACAGUCACCAAGCAGUAUUUGCAGCAUUGUUUAAUAAAGUGAGCACCUCUCCAGCCUCCUCUCAGCUACUAUCAAUUCUCCAGGGGCUCCUGCAACUGGAACCAUCUAACAGUAGCGGUGCCCUGCUCUGGGAAGCACUAGAAAUCUUGGUGAAUAGAGCCAUCCUAAUUGCUGAUGACACAAAUGAAGAGAAAGAUGUUGGCCCAAUCAUGGAAAGACUUGUAGUAAAGAAGUUAGGACAUGUUCAGCCAGUAAAGCAAAAUGCUAGUAAAAAGGCUGUUGAUAAAGGUGUACAGACAGAAUUGUCUGAGUCUACAAUAUCAACUGAAGUAAGCCAAAAGUUAAGCUCAUCAGUGCCAGCAUCACUUCCAGCUAGCCAGGUGCUGCAUCCUCCCCCUCCCCCUCCUCCACUUCCUCCAUUUCUAGCUGGUACAACUCAGCCAUGUAUUCCAUCUCCACCCCCUCUCCCAGGCACUGGCAGUAUACCUUCCUCUCCCCCUCCCCUGCCUCUCCCUGGUGCAGGCGGUGUGCCUCUCCCUCCCCCACCUCCCCCUCCCCUACCCCUCCCUGGUGUCAGAUGUGUGCCCCCACCUCCCCCUCCCCCUCCCCCGCCUCUCCCUGGUGCUGGCAGUGUGCCUCCCCCUCCCCCACCUCUCCCUGGUGCUGGCAGUGUGCCUCCCCCUCCCCCACCUCUCCCUGGUGCUGGCAGUGUGCCUCCCCCUCCCCCACCUCUCCCUGGCACUGGCAGUGCGCCUCCCCCUCCCCCACCUCUCCCUGGUAGUAUUCCUCCUCCCCCACCUCCACCACCAGGUGCAUUUACCAAUGAUGGAACCAUAGUGGCUCACCAAGCUGGCAGUCUAUUGUGUUCAUAUGCUCCACCUAAAAGACAAGUUCAUCAACCAACAUUACGGAUGAAAAAGCUGAACUGGCAGAAAAUCCCUUCAAGAUUGACUUCACAGAAAAAUUGUUUAUGGUCGUUCAUCCAAAGAAAUGAAGAACCACCUUUGGAUCCUGAUUAUACCAGUAUUGAGCAGCUCUUCUGCUUUCCAGUAUCAGAACCAAAACAGAAACAGCGAACUGUCAGUAAAAAGGAGCUAAAAGAGAUCACAUUUCUAGAUUCAAGGAAAAGCCUUAACUUGAACAUAUUUUUAAAGCAAUUCAAAUGUUCUGAUGAAAAAGUGACUGAUAUGAUCAGGAGAGGGGACCGAUCUAAAUUUGAUGUAGAGGUUUUAAAGCAACUCCAGAAACUACUGCCAGAGAAUAAUGAGAUAGAAAAUAUAAAGGCUUACAAAGGAGAAAAAGAAAAAUUAGCAAGUGCUGAUCACUUCUACCUUCUCCUCCUUGAUGUUCCUUGCUACCAGCUAAGGAUUGACUGCAUGUUACUAUGUGAAGAGGCUACUGUUACCCUGCAAUUGCUCCAUCCAAGGGCAGAACUAAUUAAAACUGCUUGUCAAGAUCUUCUUUCUGCUACAAGAUUACCCCUCUUCUGUGACCUGAUUCUUAAAAUUGGAAACUUCCUUAACUAUGGCAGUCACACAGGCAAUGCAGACGGCUUUAAAAUAAACACUCUGCUAAAACUAACUGAAACGAAAGCAAACCAAUCCCGGAUCACAUUGCUCCAUCACAUGAUUGAGGAGAUUGAGGAAUCCCAUCCAGACCUUCUGAAUCUUCCUGCUGACCUAGAAACCGUUUCAAAAGCAGGCGGCCUGAGUGUGGACUCGCUUCAGUCGGAUGCAAUCAACCUCUUGGAACGUCUCAAGAUGAUUGGUGGUAAAGUCAAAUCAUCUAUGGAUGAUGUAAAAAUACAGUUUGACAAACCUAUCCAGGAAAGUUUAUCUGAAACAAAAAAAUUGAAGGAACAUCUGGAAGAUAUUGAGUUAGAGAGGAAGAAACUGGCUGAGUACUUUUGUGAUGAUGUUAGUAAAUUGUCACUGGAGGAACUAUUUCUAACCAUUAAAACCUUCAGAGAUUGUUUCCUCAAAGCAAUGAAGGAAAAUAAACUGAGAAAGGAGCAGAUGGCAAAAGCAGCGAAGAGGAAACAAAGGCUUCAAGAAGAAGAAGCUAAAAGAAAAAAAGGAGAGAAUGGACAAGUUAUUCAUAAAUCACCAAUAAAGCAAGAGGAGGGAUGUAUUAUUGAUGCUCUUCUGUCAGACAUAAGGAAGGGUUUUCAAUUGAAGAAGACUGCUAGGAGCAGGUGCGAAACUCUGUCUGCUCCAAAAAGUUCUAUUACUGAAACAAAUAAGGGGAAAAUAUCACUGGACCAAAGUGCCUCUUCUGCAGAAGACAAAGAAAAAGCAAUGGCUCCACAAUGUACAACUGUAUCAAAAAUUUCAGAUGAUGUUUCUGCUCCCACAACAGAGGCAGUCGCCCAGCAACCACCUGCUGAAGAGUUGCCGACACAAAAUGCCGCAGUGCAGAAUACUACACACCAGCAGUCUGCUGAGCACAUUACCAGCCCUGAAACAAAUGCAUCUGAAACAAUAUCAGUACAUAAGGACGUGACUGACAAAAAUCCUGACCUCUCCACAAAUGAAGUAAAUAAAGAAAAUAUUUGCAAAGAGAGCCCCAAAUCUAACUCUGAAAUACUAUUAGCAAAAGAUCAUGAACAAUUGAAACCAUGUCCCAGUGAAGAUAAUGUCAAUCCAGUGGACAGAGAGGAAGAAAAUCUCUCUCAUAACACUACUGUAGAUGGGAAUUUAUCUAAAACUGCUAAUGAAAUAAACUCCAAAAGUAAAGAUAAUGUCAAGCAUGCUGACCCUACACUUAGUGUACUUGACUCAGUGGCAAACAUGGCUACUGAAAUGGGAAUAUCACAAAAUAUGGAUCAAACCACUGCUGACACAAACGUCACACAUCCUAAACCAAACCUCGAGCACACUGACCAUACGUCACCUGGCAUGAGAUCAAAAGCUCGUCCUACUAGAUCUGCUUCAUGCAUACCUUCAACAAAAUCAUCUGCCAGGAACUCAAUAGAUGAGAAAAGUGAAAAUGUCAGAGAUGACCAGCCUGAAAAUAGAAGCAAUAAAUCAAAGAAAAGCUGUAUAUUGCAAUGAGAAGAAUGGAAGACAAUGAAAGAAAAUCCACAUUUGGCACUAAUUCAAGAAUGUGUUGUCUAAAACAAAAAUAAUGUUUAGAUGGACUUUUAUAAGAUACUUUCUAAGCAUAGCCAAAGCUUUUAUAAUAAAUGAAAAUAUGCAACAUUAUUGAAUGUACAGCAGAAUAUGUUGGUUAAAUUUGCAUUCUUUUUGUAAGUUCUCACCUAAAAUAGACAAACAUGCUUUUUGGAAAUAUUAGAAACAUCUGAAAUGUUUGUGUGGGAACUAGUUAAGAGAAAUAUCUCACCUGAGUUGUGCUCACACAGGCACUUCAAAUUCAAUGAGCAAUAUGUUAUUACCAAGGAACAAAAAGCUUUAUACUCAAAUUGCAAUACUCUAUCAUUUGUACUUGGACUAUGUUUAGAAAUAGUAGCUAGAGGUAUCACUUCCCCUUGACUACAACACAACGCUUAAGCAGCCUAAUCUGGAAUCAGAGCCCAAUACUGGAUGAGGUAAGAGGGAGUGAGUCCUCCAGGAAGUUAGUCUUAUUCAUUGUUACUUGGGGGCAGUUCAAGUCUUGGCGCACAAUUUACAGUCCAUAGGUUUAAGGUUGGCACAAAGCCAGAACUGCUGCAGCCACACGUUAGGCUCCUAAUGUAAAUGUACGAUAAAAGAGGAUGUAAAAAUAUUUUUCAUAGGCUCAGUGCAAACUGGGACAUAAAAUAUGACACUUGCAUUCAGACUGUAGAUAAGUCAUGAUUCCAGUUGUAUUAAUGUUCUGAAGUUCUUGCUUAUUUAGCAACGUAAGGAUUACACAAAGACAACAGUCAAGUGUCCAGUUAUACUGGGACAGAUAUGCUGCAAGUGCUAACAGUUUGUGUCCUUUAAAGAAAAAAACGUAAUCAGCUGUGCAAUCGUUAUUAUUUAGCUACUGUUCAUUCUGAGUCUCAUUUUGAAUGUUUAAGUGUUAAAUGGUUACAGAAGUUAUCAAUUUGAAAGAUUUUCGAAACAUUUUUAGGCAAUUGUUCUGUUAUUCUCCAAGUAGAACAUUUACAUAUUUUAAUAGUGCAUUUUUUUUGCCAGAGAUUCUUCUGCAUCUCUCAAUUUCAGAUCAGUUGUUUAAAAAAGGCAAACAUAUAAUUGGCGUUCAUAGUGUGGUUUUGUAGAUCGCGUAUAAAAUGGCAGCUGGUUGCAGAUUAGAAUGUAUCAACUCAUUGUUAAUGGGCAAAUGGUAAAAUAAAGUAAAAAUAUAGUCACACUGCAACAACAAAAGCUUUUGUAAAACAUUUGUAAAGUAUUAUGUAACUCUUUACUCUCGUGCCACAUUUUUAUGUUGUCUAUAUAUGAUAUAUAAUAAGUAUGCUGCUUUCCUGUAAAAACAAUCAAACCUUUAUAAUAAAGCUAAAUUGUACACUA